CGAGCACAGGCAGGGCCGCCGCCGCCGCCGCCGCCGGGCAGCAGCUGGUGACGCAGGAAAAACGCCCCGGAGAGAGAGAGCGGAGCGCCCAGGGCCGGCACCCGGAGCGCGGGCAGCGGCGGCCGAUUCGCCCCUUCCCGCUUCGCGCCGCAGCGCACCCGGAGUGGGGGAACCGGGGCAGCGCGGAGCCGCCCCCUCAGAGCCGCGGCCUGGCAUGAGCCCGUGCCCCGCCGGCCGCCGGGCAUGAGGCAGCGCCCAGGAGGGCUCCGGGCCGCCGCUACAGCCGCCGCGGGACGAGGGGAAGCGGUGCGAGGGUUAUGCAAUGGUCUCUGCAAGAUGUCAUGUUCUUGAGUUGGAGCUUUUUAAGGCAAGCAUAUGCUGGUACUUCAGCUUAACUAAGUGGACUAUAAUUUCUUCUCUCACAUCAACUACAUAAGCAGACAAAAUUGCAAAGAUCUGCCCUGUGUCGAGUAUGACAGCCACGACUCGUGGCUCUCCGGUAGGAGGGAAUGAUAGCCAGGGCCAGGCUCCUGAUGGACAGUCCCAGCCUCCCCUCCAGCAGAAUCAGACUUCUUCACCUGAUUCUUCCAAUGAGAACUCCCCAGCUACCCCACCUGAUGAGCAGGGCCAAGCUGAUGCUCCACCCCAGCUUGAAGAUGAGGAGCCUGCAUUUCCACACACAGACCUGGCAAAGUUGGAUGACAUGAUCAACAGGCCUCGAUGGGUUGUACCUGUAUUGCCGAAGGGGGAAUUAGAAGUUCUUCUAGAAGCUGCUAUUGACCUAAGUAAAAAAGGCCUUGAUGUAAAAAGUGAAGCAUGCCAGCGAUUUUUUCGAGAUGGGUUAACAAUAUCCUUCACAAAAAUCCUUACAGAUGAGGCAGUGAGCGGCUGGAAGUUUGAGAUUCAUAGAUGUAUUAUUAACAACACUCAUCGACUAGUGGAACUAUGUGUGGCCAAGCUGUCCCAAGAUUGGUUUCCCCUUCUUGAACUUCUUGCCAUGGCCUUAAAUCCUCACUGCAAAUUCCAUCUAUAUAAUGGUACUCGUCCCUCAGAAACAGUUCCUGCAGGAGUCCAGCUCGCAGAAGAUGAACUUUAUGCCCGUCCUCCUGACCCACGAUCACCAAAGGGUUGGCUCGUAGAUCUCAUCAACAAGUUUGGCACAUUAAAUGGAUUUCAGAUCUUGCAUGAUCGCUUCAUGAGUGGAUCAGCAUUGAAUGUUCAGAUCAUUGCAGCUCUCAUCAAGCCAUUUGGACAAUGUUUUGAAUUUCUAACAUUACAUACAGUGAAGAAAUAUUUCCUUCCAAUUAUAGAAAUGGUUCCACAAUUUUUAGAAAAUUUAACAGAUGAUGAACUGAAAAAAGAAGCAAAGAAUGAAGCCAAAAAUGAUGCUCUGUCAAUGAUAAUCAAAUCUCUAAAGAACUUAGCUUCAAGAGUUCCAGGACAAGAAGAAACUGUAAAAAAUUUAGAAAUAUUUAGGUUAAAAAUGAUACUUAGGUUGUUACAAAUUUCCUCUUUCAAUGGUAAAAUGAAUGCACUAAAUGAAGUUAACAAAGUAAUAUCCAGUGUGUCAUACUAUACUCAUCGACAUGGUAAUCCUGAAGAGGAAGAGUGGCUUACAGCUGAAAGAAUGGCAGAAUGGAUCCAGCAGAACAAUAUUUUAUCAAUUGUGUUGAGAGAUAGUCUUCAUCAACCUCAAUAUGUAGAGAAGUUAGAGAAAAUUCUCCGUUUUGUCAUCAAAGAGAAAGCCCUUACUUUGCAGGAUCUUGACAACAUUUGGGCUGCACAGGCAGGAAAACAUGAAGCCAUUGUAAAAAAUGUACAUGAUCUCCUUGCAAAAUUAGCUUGGGAUUUCUCUCCUGAACAGCUUGAUCACCUAUUUGAUUGUUUUAAGGCAAGUUGGACGAAUGCAAGCAAGAAACAGCGUGAGAAACUGCUUGAGUUAAUUCGCCGCCUCGCAGAGGAUGACAAGGAUGGUGUGAUGGCACACAAAGUGCUGAACCUUCUGUGGAAUUUGGCUCACAGUGAUGAUGUACCAGUUGAUAUCAUGGACCAGGCUCUUAGUGCCCAUAUUAAAAUCUUAGAUUACAGCUGUUCACAGGAUCGAGAUACACAGAAGAUCCAGUGGAUAGAUCGUUUUAUAGAAGAACUUCGCACAAAUGAUAAAUGGGUCAUUCCUGCACUGAAACAAAUUAGAGAAAUUUGCAGUUUGUUUGGUGAAGCACCACAGAACUUGAGUCAAACUCAGCGAAGUCCCCACGUAUUUUACCGACAUGACUUAAUCAAUCAACUUCAGCACAAUCAUGCCCUAGUUACAUUGGUUGCAGAAAAUCUCUCUGCCUAUAUGGAAAGCAUGAGGCAGUAUGCUAAAGAGCAUGGGGAAUAUGAUCCUCAAACUGUAAGGCCAGGAAGCAGAUACAGUCACGUGCAGGAAGUACAGGAGCGACUCAACUUCUUACGAUUUUUAUUGAAGGAUGGUCAACUGUGGCUCUGUGCCCCUCAGGCGAAGCAAAUCUGGAAGUGUUUAGCUGAAAAUGCGGUUUAUCUUUGUGAUCGCGAAGCCUGUUUUAAAUGGUAUUCCAAACUAAUGGGGGAUGAACCAGACUUAGACCCUGACAUUAAUAAGGACUUCUUUGAAAAUAAUGUGCUUCAGCUGGAUCCUUCCCUAUUAACAGAAAAUGGAAUGAAAUGUUUUGAACGUUUCUUCAAAGCUGUGAACUGUCGGGAAGGAAAGCUAGUAGCAAAGAGAAGAGCCUAUAUGAUGGAUGAUCUGGAAUUAAUAGGAUUAGACUACCUUUGGAGGGUUGUGAUUCAGGGAAAUGAUGACAUCGCCAACAGAGCAAUAGACCUUCUUAAAGAGAUCUAUACUAAUCUUGGCCCAAGGUUACAAGUUAAUCAGGUAGUGAUUCAUGAAGACUUCAUUCAGUCCUGUUUCGAUCGUCUAAAAGCCUCCUAUGAUACUUUAUGUGUGUUGGAUGGAGAUAAAGACAGUAUAAAUUGUGCAAGACAAGAAGCAAUACGGAUGGUGAGAGUGUUGACUGUUUUGAGAGAAUAUAUAAAUGAAUGUGACAGUGAUUACCAUGAAGAGAGAACUAUUCUACCUAUGUCAAGAGCUUUCCGUGGUAAACAUAUCACCCUGGUAGUUCGUUUUCCCAACCAAGGCCGGCAGGUGGAAGAUUUGGACAUUUGGUCUCACACAAACGACACCAUUGGCCAAGUGCGGCGUUGCAUCCUCAACCGCAUCAAAGCCAACAGUGCACACACGAAAGUGGAGCUGUUCAUUGGUGGGGAGCUGGUGGACCCUGCAGAUGACAGAAAACUCAUUGGGCAGCUGAACCUCAAAGACAAAACGCUAAUUACGGCUAAGCUCACACAGAUAAAUUCUAAUAUGCCCUCAAGUCCAGAUAGUUCUUCUGACUCUUCGACUGGUUCUCCGGGCAACCAUGGUAAUCACUACAGUGAUGGGCCAAAUCCAGAAGUUGAAAGCUGUUUGCCUGGAGUGAUCAUGUCACUGCAUCCUCGGUACAUCUCUUUUCUUUGGCAAGUUGCAGACCUGGGCAGUAGCCUAAAUAUGCCACCCCUUAGAGAUGGAGCUCGUGUUCUAAUGAAGCUCAUGCCACCAGAUAACACUACAGUUGAGAAACUAAGAGCUAUUUGUUUAGAUCACGCAAAGCUUGGGGAAAGCAGCCUUAGUCCAUCCCUUGAUUCGCUCUUCUUUGGUCCUUCUGCCUCACAAGUGCUGUACCUAACAGAGGUAGUUUAUGCCUUGUUAAUGCCUGCCAGUGCACCCCUGGGAGAAGAUGCCAGUGACUUCCAAUACAACUUCUUAAAAAGUGGGGGUUUGCCUCUUGUGUUGAGCAUGCUGACCAGAAAUAACUUCCUGCCAAACGCAGAUAUGGAAACUCGAAGGGGUGCCUACCUUAAUGCUCUGAAAAUAGCCAAAUUGUUGCUAACAGCCAUUGGCUAUGGCCACGUUCGAGCUGUGGCAGAAGCUUGUCAGCCAGUUGUGGAAGGCACAAGUACAAUUUCACCGAUAAACCAGGCUACGCAUGACCAGGCAGUGGUGCUACAAAAUGCCCUACAAAACAUUCCUAAUCCAACUUCAGAAUGCAUGCUAAGAAAUGUAGCAAUACGUCUUGCACAGCAAAUAUCUGAUGAGGCUUCAAAAUACAUCCCUGAUAUCUGUGUUAUCAGGGCAGUACAAAAAAUUGUCUGGGCAUCAGGUUGUGGGUCAGUUCAGCUGGUUUUCAGCUCGAAUGAGGAAAUUAGUAAAAUCUAUGAAAAGACAAAUGCAGGAAAUGAACCAGACCUAGAAGAUGAACAAGUUUGCUGUGAAGCACUGGAGGUGAUGACCCUGUGUUUUGCUUUGAUUCCAACGGCACUGGAUGCACUCAGUAAAGAAAAGGCAUGGCAGACAUUUAUCAUUGAUUUACUGCUGCACUGUCACAGCAAAACUGUUCGUCAGAUGGCACAGGAGCAAUUCUUUUUAAUGGCUACCAGGUGUUGCAUGGGACAGAGACCUCUCCUUUUCUUCAUUACCCUGCUGUUUACUGUUCUAGGGGCAAGCAGCACAGUUGAUUUCCAUUUGAACCAGAGUACUGCGAGAGAGAGAGCUAAGCAUUCUGGAGACUACUUCACUCUCCUAAGACAUCUUCUUAACUAUGCUUACAACAGUAAUAUUAAUGUACCCAAUGCUGAAGUUCUUCUCAAUAAUGAAAUUGACUGGCUUAAGAGGAUUAGGGACGAAGUAAAAAGAACAGGGGAAACAGGUGUUGAAGAAACUAUUUUAGAGGGUCACCUUGGAGUAACAAAAGAGUUGUUAGCAUUCCAGACACCUGAGAAGAAAUACCAUAUUGGUUGUGAAAAAGGAGGUGCUAAUCUCAUUAAAGAGUUGAUAGAUGAUUUCAUCUUCCCAGCAUCCAAUGUUUACCUACAAUACAUGAGAAAUGGAGAAUUGCCUGCUGAGCAGGCCAUACCAGUCUGUAGUUCACCAGCUACUAUUAAUGCUGGCUUUGAGCUCCUAGUUGCACUAGCAGUUGGAUGUGUGCGAAAUCUCAAACAGAUAGUAGACACGUUGACUGAAAUGUAUUACAUAGGUACAGCAAUCACUACUUGUGAAGCUCUUACAGAAUGGGAAUAUCUACCACCUGUUGGGCCUCGACCACCAAAGGGAUUUGUAGGGCUAAAAAAUGCUGGUGCCACUUGUUACAUGAAUUCUGUCAUUCAGCAGCUGUACAUGAUUCCAGCCAUCAGGAAUGGGAUUCUUGCCAUUGAAGGCACAGGCAGUGAUGUAGAUGAUGACAUGUCUGGGGAUGAAAAGCAGGACAAUGAGAGCAAUGUUGACCCACGAGAUGAUGUGUUUGGGUACCCACAUCAGUAUGAAGACAAACCAGCACUGAGUAAAACAGAAGAUAGGAAAGAGUACAAUAUUGGGGUUUUGAGGCAUCUCCAAGUAAUUUUUGGUCAUUUAGCAGCUUCCAGGCUACAGUACUAUGUACCAAGAGGGUUUUGGAAACAAUUUAGACUUUGGGGUGAACCUGUAAAUCUACGUGAACAACAUGAUGCUUUAGAAUUUUUUAAUUCCUUGGUGGACAGUUUAGAUGAAGCUUUAAAAGCUUUGGGCCAUCCAGCAAUGUUAAGUAAAGUUUUAGGAGGGUCCUUUGCUGACCAGAAGAUUUGUCAAGGAUGCCCACAUCGGUAUGAAUGUGAGGAAUCCUUCACAACUCUGAAUGUAGAUAUAAGAAAUCACCAAAACCUCCUUGAUUCUUUGGAACAGUACGUCAAAGGAGAUUUAUUGGAAGGUGCAAAUGCGUAUCAUUGUGAGAAAUGCAACAAAAAGGUUGAUACAGUGAAACGCUUGUUGAUUAAGAAGUUGCCUCCAGUUCUUGCCAUCCAGUUGAAACGAUUUGAUUAUGACUGGGAAAGGGAAUGUGCAAUCAAAUUCAAUGAUUAUUUCGAAUUUCCACGAGAACUGGACAUGGAGCCUUACACGGUGGCAGGUGUAGCAAAAUUGGAAGGGGAUGACGUGAAUCCUGAAAAUCAGAUAAUACAAAAUGAACAGUCGGAAAACGAACACUCUGGGAGCACAAAAUACAGGCUUGUGGGUGUGCUUGUGCACAGUGGCCAGGCCAGCGGCGGACAUUACUACUCCUAUAUUAUCCAGAGGAACGGUGGAGACGGUGAGAAGAACCGGUGGUAUAAAUUUGAUGAUGGAGAUGUGACAGAGUGUAAAAUGGAUGACGAUGAAGAAAUGAAAAACCAGUGUUUUGGUGGAGAAUACAUGGGAGAAGUGUUUGACCACAUGAUGAAGCGCAUGUCCUACAGACGCCAGAAGAGGUGGUGGAACGCUUACAUUCUUUUUUAUGAACGUAUGGACACAAUAGACAAAGACAAUGAACUAAUAAAAUAUAUUUCAGAAAUAGCUAUCACCACUAAACCCCAUCAGAUUAAAAUGCCAUCAGCCAUCGAGCGGAGUGUGAGGAAGCAGAACGUGCAGUUCAUGCACAAUCGGAUGCAGUACAGCCUGGAAUAUUUCCAGUUCAUAAAGAAGUUGCUUACUUGUAAUAGUGUCUACCUAAAUCCUCCUCCAGGACAAGAUCAUCUGUUGCCUGAAGCAGAAGAAAUAACUAUGAUUAGUAUUCAGCUUGCUGCUAGAUUUCUCUUCACCACAGGAUUUCAUACAAAGAAAAUAGUCCGUGGCCCUGCUAGUGAUUGGUAUGAUGCAUUGUGCAUCCUCCUUCGUCACAGCAAGAAUGUACGCUUUUGGUUUGCACACAAUGUCCUUUUUAAUGUUUCAAACCGCUUCUCUGAGUACCUUCUGGAAUGCCCUAGUGCAGAAGUGAGGGGUGCAUUUGCAAAACUUAUAGUAUUUAUUGCACAUUUUUCAUUGCAAGACGGACCAUGUCCAUCACCUUUUGCCUCUCCUGGACCUUCCAGUCAGGCUUAUGAUAACUUAAGUUUAAGUGAUCAUUUACUGAGAGCGGUACUAAAUCUGCUAAGAAGGGAAGUAUCUGAACACGGGCGCCACUUGCAGCAGUAUUUCAACCUGUUUGUGAUGUAUGCCAAUCUAGGUGUAGCAGAGAAGACACAACUUCUGAAACUAAAUGUUCCUGCAACCUUCAUGCUUGUGGCUCUGGAUGAAGGUCCAGGCCCUCCAAUUAAAUACCAGUAUGCUGAACUGGGGAAGCUGUACACGGUCGUGUCACAACUGAUCCGUUGCUGCAACGUGUCAUCGAGGAUGCAGUCUUCUAUCAAUGGUAAUCCCCCACUUGCCAACCCUUAUGGUGAUCCUAAUUUAUCUCAACCUAUAAUGGCACUUCAGCAGAACGUAGCAGACAUUCUGUUUGUGAGAACUAGUUAUGUGAAGAAAAUUAUUGAAGAUUGCAGCAACUCUGAAGAGACCAUCAAGUUGCUUCGUUUCUGCUGUUGGGAGAAUCCUCAGUUCUCUUCCACAGUCCUCAGUGAACUACUUUGGCAGGUUGCAUAUUCAUACACAUAUGAGCUUCGACCUUAUUUGGAUCUGCUUCUGCAAAUCCUGUUAAUUGAGGAUUCUUGGCAAACUCACAGGAUUCACAAUGCACUUAAGGGAAUCCCAGAUGACAGGGAUGGACUAUUUGACACCAUUCAGCGCUCGAAGAAUCAUUAUCAGAAAAGAGCUUACCAGUGUAUAAAGUGCAUGGUAGCUCUCUUCAGCAACUGUCCUGUAGCUUACCAGAUCCUUCAGAGCAAUGGAGAUUUGAAGAGAAAAUGGACCUGGGCAGUAGAAUGGCUUGGAGAUGAGCUUGAACGUAGACCAUACACUGGCAAUCCCCAGUACACCUACAAUAACUGGUCUCCACCAAUACAGAGCAAUGAAACAUCAAAUGGCUACUUCCUAGAGAGGUCACACAGUGCUAGAAUGACUCUUGCAAAGGCUUGUGAACUCUGCCCAGAGGAGGAACCAGAUGAUCCUGACGCCCCAGAUGAACAUGAGUCUUCUCCACCUGAAGAUGCCCCACUGUAUCCCCAUUCACCUGGUUCCCAGUAUCAACAGAAUAACCACGUGCAUGGACAGCCAUAUACGGGCCCGGCAGCACAUCAUAUGAACAACCCUCAGCGAACUGGCCAACGAGCACAAGAAAACUACGAAGGCAGUGAAGAAGUUUCCCCGCCUCAGACAAAAGAUUAGUGAAAUGCACAUAAUCAAUUAACUUGCUCCAUCAAGACUGUGCACCCAGGCCUUACAGUCCAACCUUUCUCUGUGUCUGGCUAAUAUUUAAAACUAGAAAAACUAUUCCUAAUCAACAUGGAGUGGAGAGUCUAUUCACUGUCUUAUCUGCAGAAAAUUUGCUGUCAAUAUAUAACCCGCCUGCAGUGGAAAGUGUAUAGUGUUUUGUAAUAAAUGGCCUGAUGCUAAUGUGUAAAUGGCAAAGGUGUAUAUAGUAUAUUAAUGUUUGACUGUUAAUUCUUGAGCAAGAAACAUUUUUUUUUGUCUUGAUGAGACUCACAGAUCUACAAAAACAAAAAAAUAAUUUCUUGAUAUAUCUGCUGCGCUCUGCAACCAGUGUUGCCUGCCUCAUGGCAGUUGGAUCAACUCCUUUAUGAAAAAGCCUAUCCAUGUCAACCACAAAAAUAGUUUCAUGUUAAUUCUUUGCCACUGGAGUCGAUUUUACUAUGAGCAACGUAAUGGCUGGUAACCUUUUAAUUAUUUGGUUGAUGUGGAAAAUUGGUGAUGUAACAUUGUUUCUAGAUCUUUUUUCAUUGCCUUUUUCAUUCUGGUAUUAGGUUAAUCACUUUGAAGCUAUAGUUAUGCUGUAACAUUUAGCAUGGCUUCACACCAAGUUAGUGUAGCCAAUGAGGGGAAAAAAAACCAAACAAAAACAAACGUGACAGCAGUUGUCCCAAUGUGACAACUGUAUUGCUCAGAACUUUUUCUUCUUACACCUAGACUAUAAAAUGGGGAGGGAAAAUGUGACAAACAAGUGGUUUUCAGUUUCACAUAUGUUCCUCACAACUGAUGUUUGACAGUUCUCUCUCUGGGUGGGAUAAAGAACACUUAGUUUUCAGUAAUAGGAAUUUAAAAGAUUUAAAACAAAUAUGCAAAAAUUUGCUAUGCCAGGAUGCCUGGAGCAUAAUAGACUGUAUUUGGUGUGCUUGUUUUGUUUCUUUGGUAGAGCUUAUUAGAUAAACUUCUAACACUUUCCUUCUACUGCAUCCCAGUGAAGUGGAAGUCAACAAAAUCACAGAGUACUUGUGAGUGCCACUGCACCAAGUUAACUUGCUGGUUUUCUGCUCGUUCACAGUUCUACUUGAAAGCGAGAAUUGUCUUAGCUCUUUAUCCAUUAUACAGAAAAUCUUAACAUUAGAAGCAGGGUUUAAAGAUAAAAGAAACUACUGGUUAGUCAAAUACAAUUCUGAGGUAUCUCUAUUCCAGAAUAAACAUUUGUUUAAAGACUUAAAGAAACGCAUCAGUAAAUACUGUAUUUAAAUGAAAAUUGGUAACUUGAAUGUGUGUAAUUUUUUUGGAACCUGUCUAAAAACCAAAUACCCCUGCAAAACAGAUACAGCCCACCCUAUACUAUUUAAAUAUUUUGCUGUUUUAUUUUAUAGAAAUUAUUUUGCUGAAUUCACAAAUAGAUUUGAUUUAAGAAGAAUGUUUUGUCCUGUGGUGUGUGUUGUUUUUUGGGGUUUUGUUUUUUAAUGGACUGCACAGAAAGGUGAAUUCUGUGCAGUGGCACUAUGCUGAAUUCUGGAACAACAGUCACAUUGAGAUUCUGUGCACAAAAAGAAAAAAUUUGGCCCUUAAGAAUAAAAUAAUCAGGACAAUUACACUGUAAAAGUUUCUUAAUGUGAUUUAUCUUGUACUUUUUGUAUGUUUUUAUAUAUACAUAUAUAUAUUUAAGAGCACAAGCUUGAUGGUGUUUUUUACAAAUGAGUUGAUAGAAACAAAGCUGCUUAUCAAAUUAAAGGUCUGUAGUUUUGAAAUGAACAAUGGCAAA